GAUUUAUAUACCAAGCAUCUUCCCUCACUUCCAUGCCACUCAUUGAUCCCGUUACAAUGUCCGCCACCACGAAGACGACACCGGCGGGCACCCCUCCAGUAAAGCCGUCUCUCCCAGUUGAACUUCUCCCUAACGAUUUGGCGCGAAUCAUCUCCCAAGCCCACCCGGUUGUCCUGCUGGCAGGAUUCUAUAUACGAUUUCCGGCUUUGGUAGAAAAUCCAGCUGCGACACUACUAAGCUCGCUAUUGCUGGUGUCUCUAGUACAAAUCGGCUAUGUAAUACUCUGUCUCCCACCUACAGGGCAAAGUAUCAAGCCCGCAAAGAAAGUAAUUGGAGCCAAAAAGACGAACGAUGGCACGACGCCAGUCGCAAGACCAUUGGUACAUCCCUCUCCAAUUGAAAUCCGCAUAUUAUACACUAACCAUAACCACAGACCGCAUUCUUCGCCCUCAUCAUGUCCCUCGCCUCCAUCCCCCUUCUCACAGCCCUGCAAAUCCUCUUCGGGGCACCCAUCUCAACACAUCUCCUGCACACCAUCCUCACCUCGUCGCACGUCGCUCUACUAGUCAUGUUCCCACUAGUCUAUGUCCACGGCGCCGAUGGCAAGAAGUGGAGGGAGAUUGCCUCGUUUUAUAGCCCGAUGGAUGAGGUGUUUGGGGGUGCGGUGGGGUGUUUUCUCGGCGCUUGGUUGGGUGCUGUGCCUAUUCCUCUGGAUUGGGAUCGGGAGUGGCAGAAGUGGCCCGUUACUAUUGUUACGGGGGCGUAUGCGGGGUAUAUGGUUGGGAAGAUGGCGGGUGGGUGGUUGGUUAAGGGGAGGAGGAUUGAACUUAGUUAG